AUGGCAAAGGGCGACAUCACGCCCUUUCCCCUCGGGCCUCUUCCUCUUCCUCCUCCUCCUCUUCCUCCCGACUCCCUCCCAUCCCCUACCAGUCCCAUCUCCAUCAGGCCCGGCUCCUUUUCCUUCUCAGCCCCCGUCCAACGCCUGUUCGACUUCAGCUGCCCCGCUCCCCAGGACAGGGACAUGCUUCCGCCAUCGCGCGCUCGCAGCGUCAGCUCUCCCCGCGCAUCCACAAAUUCGAGCCCCAUUCUGGUCUUAAAGCUCAGCGGCCCUUCCUUUCUCGACACCGUCAUCCGCGACACCGUCUCCAAAGAACCUCUCUACAUCAUAGAGACCGUCCAGGAUCUUACCAAUAUAUACCGCCUCGACAGUCGUCUAUGCGAAGCCGGCAAAGCUGCCGCCGUCCGAUGGCCACCCAGCACCACCACCUCAGGCAAGGGCAAGUCCGGCAAGAGUAUCCAGCUCGGUAGCGGAAGUUGGCGAGAGGCAGAGGACUUUCUCAAACAGGGCGCACUGGGCAAUCUCGCUAGCCGCAAGUUCAACGUUCCCCACUUUCCCCACAGUCUCAAAUGGAAACUCAUCCCGGGCAAUUCUUAUGUCUGCACCAGCAGCGGUGUGAAGGGCCCAAUCGCUGUUCUAGACGCACCCGAUCUCGUUCGCAGCCAGCAAAAUCACGCCGGUGUUCCGUUUCUGUUAUUGGAUUAUCUCGUUGCUACCUCCUUAUUACUGACCACGCAUACUCAAGAGUGGUUCGACAGACCUGCUGGCGCAACUCUGCCUGGAUCAGCUUCCCGUUCUGUACAGAAGUGGCUCGCAAUCAUCCAUGCUAGGCCAUUCCUUGCUGACGAACAUAGCGAUACCAGAAGUGAAAACGAGCAACACGGUCAAGACGGUGGAUCAGGAGAUAUAGAGUCGCUCAGCCCUCCGUCAAGAAGAACCAGCUCCUCGCUAUGGGAUCGGCAUUUGUCGUGGUCAUCGGGGAGCGCGAGUAACUCGGGAACGAGCGACCAGGCGAUGACGCCUGUUACGCCAACCACGCCUGCCAUGACACCUGCAACACGGCCGCCGUCAUUUUCGCUCACGCAUCAGAGCGUCCAGCUGCGGGGAGCCAGCCCGGGCAGGCAUGAUGACAUACCCCCGGUCCCACCGUUACCGCCUCAGUCAGUGCAGCAGCAACAACCUGUCCACUUGCAACUUGCAAACCCUGAACCAAGCCCCGAUUAUUUCUCCAGCGUUGCGAUGCACAAUCCUGACGCGUACAGUUCGCUUCCUACAUAUUCAUCCAGACCCACGUCGUCUUCUUCACAUGCCGUUGUCCACGAUCGUGAAUCUGGUCCAUCUACGUCUUCCUCCGCCGCGACCACGAUUCGCCGACCAAGGCAGUUACCCAAGCCACCGGUUCCCCAGGAUUCGCGGACGUAUCCCCAGCCUCCGAUGACGGAGCUCUCCCGCGUCGCAUCGAGCCCGCCUGCGAUUUCCUCCGCAUACCCUUCCACGUCAACGUCGGCGUCAUUCACAGCUUCCCCAAGCACAGGCUCGGAUCCGAACGCGGGCGCGACGCAAUUGCGUAUGAUCUCCCGCCGUUCCCUGCGGACGAUUCCGCCUGCACCACCGCCGCCUCGCCACGCGCCACCGCUACCCUUGCCGCCCAAGCUCGCCACGGAGUAUGAGCGCUCCGAUGGCUCCAGCACUAGCCAGACGGCCUCCUACGCCCGGACCCAGAGCACGGAGCUGAGCUCCACAGACCUCGCGAACUCGUUUAGCUCGAUGUCGAUCUCCUCGCAUCCGCACCCAUAUUCGCAACAGCCCCCAUCACAUUCACAGCUCAUAACGCAUCUGCCGCCUGUACCUCAUCCGUUGCCGCUGCCGCCCACAACGCAGGGCGCAGACGCAAGUGGGAUGCACGUCGACGCGGGACGUGUGCGCGCAUCGUAUGCACACAUGUCACCAGGGGAGGCGGAAAGCAUUUAUGAGAUGCCGCCGCCGGCGUACGAUGCGAUUGAUUUUUCAACGCGGGUGCGCACAGGUGCGCCGAAGCCGCGUGGCAGCGCGCGGUAA